AUGAGGCGGUUGAGCUGGCCGGUGGGCGCGGGCCUGGCGCUGGGCCUGGCGCUGGCCCUGGAGGCUCUGCCGGCCUUACUGCGCUGGCUGCAGGGCGGGCGGCGGCGGAGGCAGAGGCGCGAGGUGCUCUUUUUUCCGUCUCAGGUGACUUGCACCGAGGCCCUGCUGCAGGCCCCGGGGGCGGCGCCCCCCGCGGCGCCGGCCGGCUCGGGCUCGGGCUGCCCUUGCAGCCUGCCCCACGGCGAGAGCUCUCUGAGCCGCCUGCUGCAGGCGCUGCUGGAGGCCAGGGUCACCCUGGAGCUCUGCCUCUUCGCCUUUUCCAGCCCGCAGCUGGGCCGCGCCGUGCAGCUGCUCCACCAGCGCGGGGUGCGCGUCCGCGUCAUCACCGACUGCGACUACAUGGCCCUCAACGGCUCGCAGAUCGGCCUCCUCCGCAAGGCGGGUAUCCAGGUUCGCCAUGACCAGGACCUCGGCUAUAUGCACCACAAGUUCGCAAUAGUGGACAAGAAGUUGCUGAUCACUGGCUCCCUCAACUGGACCACACAAGCCAUUCAGAACAACAGAGAAAAUGUUUUGAUUAUGGAAGAUGAAGAAUAUGUGAAGAUUUUCCUGGAAGAAUUUGAGCGCAUCUGGGAUGAGUUUAACCCCACAAAGUAUACUUUCUUCCCACAGAAGAGAAGCCAUUGAAGCUGUGCGCUCCGUUUGGACUCCAGGGUCAGAGGCAAGUGGUGG